AUGAUGGAAGGAACACGAAAAUCAUCAUCAUCCACAGUCAUUCAGUCACCAAAGGUUGACAGUGUGGGUAAAAGAAGCGGGAAUGCUGCUCAAACUGCUUUUGGCCUAAAAGCUGAUGUUAAAGCAGAGAAAGGAAAAGAGUUUCCAAAGAAAAUAGAAGAAAAACUUAAUGCGAAAGAGCUAGAAAGAACGCAUCUUCAAUUGAAAUCAAAGGAUGCAAAGAUAAAACAUAAUCUCAAAGCCACUUCCUUGCCAGCUUUUCACCAGGGUCAGAAAGCAUCAAAAGGCAAUCCAGAAAAGGAGCUUAUGAACAAUGAGAAGAGGAGGAAGGAGUAA